GCUAUAAGAAUUAACUAAUUUUAUCUAUGUAUUUUUUAAAUCAAUUUUUUCAUUUCUUUAUUUUAACCAUAAUAUUUUACAAAAUCACUAUUUAUGAAUAUUCUCAAAUAAGUUAUUAUGAUUAUGAUCAUUUUAUUUGUACAAAAAAAUAGUAAUUAACUUUUAAACAAUGUGUAAGUUAAAUCUAUUUAUGAGUAAUAUCCCACCCAUCUUCCUCAAUUCGGACAGUUUCAUAUCCGCCACACUCUCUUCCCAUCUCAAACUCCUGAUCGCACAUGGCGCAUUUGAUCAAGAACUUCAAGGUCCCGCCGAACUCGACGAGCCUGGAGGAGGCUCGCCGGAGGACGUUCGACUUCUUCCGGAUGUGCUGCAGAUCCAUUCCUCAGAUCAUGGAGAUUUACAACUUGCAGGACGUCGUGACCCCCUCGCAUCUCCGCUCCUCCGUUGCUUCGGAAUUCCGCAGGAAUUCCAAAAUCACUAACCCUAAGGUGAUAGACAUGCUGCUGUUCAAAGGGUUGGAAGAGCUGAAGAAUGUGGUGGAGCAUUCAAAGCAAAGGCAUCACCUUAUCGGCCAAUACGUCACCGGUGGUCGUCAAGGUUUGGGGGCACAGAAUGUGGCAGACCACCACGACGACACCAGCUCUGACUUCCUCAAGAACUUCUACAGGACCAACUACUUUUGAUGGUCUCAUCUCCUUUUAAAACAUCACUCCAUCUCAAUAAAACAAAGCCCCCUUGCCUUUCGGAUGAUCAAUCACUUAUUUUCCUCUCAAGAAAGAAGGGACCAGCCAUCAAUGUCAAUUGAGGUAAAAUCGCUUGUUCUUGGAAUCCUAAGUAGUUUGUUUCGCACCAAAUUUGUGCUUCCGAGCACGCGCCAAAAAUUUGUGCCAGUUUUAUUUGUGGGAAUAUACUAAGUUUGUUGUUGUUGUAGUAAAAAAGUGACUUAGAUACUAGUACAUUGCCUGGGAAAUGAACCAACCCAUUUGAUUUGGCUACUCUUCCACCCCUUGUCUGGCUAAAGAAAUGGGUUUUGAAUUU